AUGUCCAUGAAAGUCACGUCGUUAAAUGAUAUUCAAAAAUUUCAUUAUUUGAAAUCUUCCUUAAAAGGUGAGGCAGCUGAAACUAUAGCUUCAUUAGAGAUCUCGGAAGUUCAUUAUAAGGAUGCUUGGCUCAGGCUAAAAGAAAGGUACGACAACGAGCGUCUCGCUGUUCAAAAUCAUAUCAGAGCCAUAUUUGAAUUACCUGUGUUGAAAAAGGAAAAUAGCGUAAUGUUAAGAAGCAUAUUAGAUGGCACAUUGAAACACACUAGAGCAUUAACUGCGUUAAAAUGUCCCACCGAGUCUUGGGACGAUUUGCUGGUAUACAUAAUUACUAGUAAAUUGGAUUAUAUAACCAUAAAGGAAUGGGAAACUAGUUUGGAGGUUCAAGUAUUGCCUAAAUUCGCAGAACUAACUGACUUUCUUUCGCGAAGGUGCCAGAUGUUGGAAGCCGUAGCCAGGAGAAGCUUAUCCAUGACACCGAAUGUUAAUUCGCGUCAGACGAACCCGGGAAAGGUGUCAAUGUCUCAUGCCGCUGUGACGAAUGUUAAGUGUUUGCAUUGCAAGGGCGAUCAUCAGGUUUACCAGUGCAAUAGCUUUAAGGAGCUUUCCAUAGCGGAGCGUUUGAGCAGGGUAAGGGACUUAAAGUUAUGUUUGAAUUGUUUUAAGGGAAAACAUUUUGCAAAGGAUUGUUCGGCUAGCGGUUGCAAAAAAUGUACUAGAAAGCAUAACACUUUGUUGCACGAAGAUCGCGAUUCAUCAAAGGAGGUUAAAGAGGACUCGGCAAAACAAAAUGUAGUUCAAGAGAGCACUUCGAGCAAAGCGGUUAACACCAUAUGUACGCAUUUACAAUCAAAAGAGAUUGCUGACUCCUAUCAGGUGCUGUUGUCCACGGCUGUAAUUAGAGUAAAGAACCACCAAAAUCAAUAUAUAGAAGGCAGGGUACUAUUAGACAAUGGAUCCCAAUCUAAUUUCGUAACCGAAGAUUUUGUUAAAAGGCUAAAUUUGAAAACGAUUGACAAUAAAGUUGAGAUAAAAGGAAUAAAUCAACAUAUUUCUCAUGCCGUGAAAUCUUUAAAUUUGGAGAUAACUUCUCGUUUUGGUACGCACGGUUUAGAUUUACCAUGCAUAGUGCUUCCUAAGAUUACUCAAAACUUACCGACCGUUGUAGUAGACGCAACCCCUUUAAAAAUACCAAAGAAUAUUCGAUUGGCCGACCCGCAGUUUGAUAAACCGGGCAAGAUCGAGUUGCUUAUAGGCGCGGAGAGGUUUUGGGAGUUAAUCUGCGUGGGGCAAAUAAGGUUGGGAAAGCGAAUGCCGAUAUUGCAAAAAUCGCUAUUAGGUUGGCUUGUAUCGGGGCCGACAAAGGGAGAAAAGGCGAAGAAAAUAGCACAGACUAGUUGUAAUUUAAGUAUAAUGGAGGAGUUAAAUGAAACAAUGCGUAAAUUUUGGGAAGUAGAGGGAUAUCAGGAAAUGAAAAGGUUAGAACCCGAAGAAGAAUAUUGUGAAGAGCACUUCAAAGCAACCCAUGCACGUCAUACAAAUGGUAGAUUUAUAGUAAAAUUACCGGUCAAAGAAGAAAUAUUAAGGUCUUUGGAUGGCUCUAGAGAGGUAGCGUUAAAAAGAUUUAUAGCUUUAGAGCGAAAGUUUAUUAACAAACCGGAACUAAAGAAAGAAUAUGUAAAAUUUAUACAGGAUUAUUUACAGCUGGGACAUAUGCGAAAGGUAGUUUGUCCCGAUAAAGAUAAACUGAGAGUCUUUUUACCACAUCACGCAGUAAUAAAGGAGAGUAGUGCUACCACCAAAACAAGGGUAGUGUUCGAUGCAUCCAGUCAGUAUUCAAAGGGUAAAGCUCCCAAGAAGGAGGGUACCGUAAACUUUGCUCUGUGCUCGAGGUGCUCCUCUUGA